UCGUAAGAUAAUUCAUCGUACGAAUACGAACUCUGUUAUCACCAGUUUUGUGCAAUGUUCACAGUAUUUGCAGAUAAAUUAUCACGUUCUAUGAAAAUAUCACACAUCUAUUUCCCAUUUCUGUUCGCGUUUCAUAGAACUAGUUCGACUAACUUGUAAGUAAAUAUUUCCACAAGUGCAAACACAAACGUAUUGACGUACCUAUUUGGAAUUUUCAGAUUUUCAAAGGGCCAUUGUAAUGUGAUAAAGUAUCAUUUAUGUCUUGAGAACAGGGAAUUUUGACUUAAACUUUGCCCCCACUCAUAAUGAAAAAAAGUUUGCUUAUUGAUCGAACAUUCAGUCAUAGGUGUAGGUGUAAAUCGUGAAGUAUGUAUUUGUAGUUACGGAAUCAUGUGAAAAAUUGUGUUUCUGGAAUAGCUGUCUUAAAUCAGUUAGCCAGAGUAACUUUUUUUUGUGUUUUUAAACUAUCGGGAGUGAAUUUUUCGCGUUUUAAAAUCAAACAUAGCUGUAGUAACUUUUCAACAAUACUUCACAAUGAGCAGCGCAGAUCUCAAUGACACACAUCACAAUAUUUUAAAAAGAACAGAGGGAUAUAAUUACCAUACUUUUUUCCCCAUCGUCGGUAAACAAGAUGAAAAAACAAUCAAACUGAAAUUUAAAGUGCUGGCCGAAAGUGACGCGCACUUACUGUUAUCACCGUGUAAACAUCCAGAUAUAGGAUCACCAGUUUACGAGAUCGUCUUAGGUGCAAGAAAUAACACAUAUUCGACCAUCAGACAAUGUCAGCAAGGAGAUGACGAAGCGACGACUGAUUCAGAAGAAUCGUUAGUGUCACCUGAUGAUUGGCGCAAGUUUUGGAUUAAAAUCAAGAAAAAUAAAAUAAAAAUAGGAAGGAAUGGCAAGAAGGCUUUUUUGAAAUGGAAAGAUUCGAAAUGCAUGCCGAUCAAUUAUUUUAGCGUUUCUAGUUAUAAUGGAGCAGUUGCUUUAUGGAUUUUACCUUGUUUUAAGAAUAAAGAUUCUUAAUUGCGAGGUGUUCAAUAAAAAUACCUUCUCUUAUUACGGUAACAUUACACUAUACUUAAUUUCAAUAAGACUGUCUAUUCAUACCUACGAGUAAAAUAUAAAUGUUUUUUAUACGU